GCGUCUUUGGCAGCGUGUUUAAAUAUUUGCGCAUUGACAAGGCUCUUGACCAAAAGUCAGCUACUGUCAUACGCGUGUGUGUGUGUGUGCCAGCUAAAUGAAAUGCAAAAGUAAACAAACAGCGCUGCGUAAACAUAGCAGCAAUUUUUGACAACUGUGAGAGCGUUUUAUAUACAAAAAUAUAAAAGCCAAUUAAUAUCUGCAGCGCUGCCCCCAUAACAAAAAGUCAUUUAAAAAUCAAUAAAUAAAAAAACAGCAAAAGUGAAAUAACAAAAGCCAAAGAAAUACACGUAACAAAGAAAUUACGUACUAAAUAGCAAAGAAUCAAAUGAAGCAACAACAACUACAAAUUGUAAAGAGCCACAACUAAACAACAACUAAGCCAGUAAAAACAACAACAAUAGUAGCAGCAGCAGCAGCAGCAGCAACAAUGUCGGAGCACAGCGAUAACAAUGGUGACCAGCAAAGUCAAGGCCAAGGAGCAGAGGCCGAGGCCGCUGGUGAAAAUAAAAUGAAGUCGCGUCUACGCAAAGGAGCGCUGAAGAAGAAGAAUGUAUUCAAUGUAAAGGAUCAUUGCUUUAUAGCCAGAUUCUUUAAGCAGCCCACAUUCUGUUCGCAUUGCAAGGAUUUUAUUUGCGGCUAUCAAAUGGGAUAUGCAUGGAUGGGCUUUGGCAAACAAGGAUUCCAGUGCCAAGUCUGUUCGUAUGUGGUGCACAAGCGUUGCCAUGAGUAUGUCACCUUCAUCUGCCCGGGCAAGGAUAAGGGCAUUGAUUCCGACUCACCAAAAACUCAGCACCAUUUCGAACCAUUCACAUAUGCAGGACCCACGUUCUGUGAUCAUUGUGGUUCGCUGCUGUAUGGCAUUUACCAUCAGGGUCUCAAAUGUUCAGCAUGUGACAUGAACGUUCAUGCACGCUGCAAGGAGAACGUGCCCAGCCUUUGCGGCUGCGAUCAUACAGAGCGACGUGGCCGCAUCUAUUUGGAGAUAAACGUCAAGGAGAAUCUGCUUACCGUGCAGAUCAAAGAGGGGCGCAAUUUGAUACCCAUGGACCCGAAUGGCUUGAGCGAUCCUUAUGUCAAGGUCAAGCUCAUACCAGACGACAAGGAUCAGAGCAAGAAGAAGACGCGCACCAUUAAGGCGUGCCUCAAUCCAGUUUGGAAUGAAACGCUCAGCUACGAUUUGAAGCCUGAGGACAAGGAUCGCCGCAUAUUGAUUGAGGUCUGGGACUGGGAUCGCACUUCACGCAAUGACUUCAUGGGCGCUCUAUCCUUUGGCAUUUCGGAGAUUAUCAAGAAUCCCACCAACGGUUGGUUCAAGCUGCUCACACAGGACGAGGGCGAGUACUACAAUGUGCCCUGUGCGGAUGAUCAACAGGACUUGCUCAAGCUAAAGCAGAAGCCAUCGCAAAAGAAGCAAACGGUCAUGCGCUGCGACACCAACCAGCACUCGCAGUCCAAAAAGGACAUGAUCAGAGCUACGGAUUUCAACUUUAUCAAAGUGCUGGGCAAGGGCUCAUUCGGCAAGGUGCUGCUGGCUGAGCGCAAAGGCAGCGAGGAGCUGUAUGCAAUUAAGAUACUCAAGAAGGAUGUGAUUAUACAGGACGAUGAUGUCGAAUGCACUAUGAUUGAGAAGCGUGUGCUGGCGCUGGGCGAGAAGCCGCCGUUUCUUGUCCAGCUGCACUCAUGUUUUCAGACAAUGGAUCGUUUAUUCUUUGUUAUGGAGUAUGUCAACGGCGGCGAUUUAAUGUUUCAAAUACAACAAUUUGGCAAAUUCAAAGAGCCCGUUGCUGUUUUCUAUGCUGCAGAAAUUGCUGCCGGUUUGUUCUUUUUACACAACAAGGGCAUACUCUAUCGCGACUUGAAGCUGGAUAAUGUGCUCCUGGAUGCCGAUGGGCAUGUCAAAAUUGCUGACUUUGGUAUGUGCAAAGAGAACAUUGUGGGCGACAAGACAACCAAAACAUUCUGCGGCACACCGGACUAUAUAGCGCCCGAGAUUAUACUGUAUCAGCCUUAUGGCAAGUCUGUGGACUGGUGGGCUUAUGGUGUGCUGCUCUAUGAGAUGCUUGUGGGUCAGCCGCCCUUCGAUGGCGAGGAUGAGGAGGAGCUGUUUGCUGCCAUAACCGAUCAUAAUGUCUCCUAUCCCAAGAGUCUCAGCAAGGAGGCCAAAGAAGCAUGCAAGGGCUUCUUGACUAAGCAGCCGAGCAAGCGUUUGGGCUGUGGCGGCUCUGGUGAGGAGGAUGUGCGUUUGCAUCCAUUUUUCCGUCGCAUUGAUUGGGAGAAAAUUGAAAAUCGCGAAGUGCAGCCGCCGUUCAAGCCAAAAAUUAAACAUCGCAAGGAUGUGUCGAACUUCGAUAAGCAAUUCACAUCAGAGAAAACAGACUUGACGCCCACGGAUAAAGUAUUUAUGAUGAAUCUGGAUCAAUCGGAAUUUGUUGGCUUCUCCUACGUAAACCCCGAAUAUGUUGUCAGCCCAUAAGCAGCAACUGUCUCUCUCUCCCCCUCUUAAGCCCCAGCGAGUUGUGUGUCUCAUCAUCAGUUGAUAUUGAAAUGUAAUGAAAGACAUUUUGUUAUUUGUGCUAUUUACUGUUACUCAUGCUUAGGUUUUAAGUUUCUUAUUUAUUGCCUUUUGUUAAGUUUUAAUUAAUUUUAAACAACUCGAAG